AUGGAAAGUUCUUUCGCGCUGAGGACGUUUCAGGCCCUCACUGUUAUCGCGUCUGCCUUAUUCUUCACUAUUGCCACGAUUGCCACCUGGUGCUCGCGAACCCAGGAAGCGAAGGCUAGAGACUUACGUAACGUUCAAUUUGGCCUGACUUGUGUCGAGACCUUACUAUGCUGGGCGGAAGCAGCAGUCAACCUAGAGAAAUCUGACCCGCACGAAAUUUCCGACCCGGACGCCGUGUAUGCGCUCUUCCUGUCUUUGAUCUGGCUCGCCGUCUCUCUUAGUCUCACCGCAACCCCAGAGAUCCCACCCUAUCCUCAUCUCGGAACAUACGCGAUCCUUUUCGUCUGCCAAGGCAUGGUCUUGGUACUUUCCCCGCGCCUGACGCCUUCCAGGGAUGAGCAGCUAAUUACACGAUCCUUACUUCAACAACUCCAGUUUACAGUUGAAGCUUGCCUUCUCGGAAGCUUUCUGCUUGGGCGAAAGGAAAUCAUAGGAAAUACGGGUGAAGUGCGCCCACUACUGAGCCAUGAGUCAACCUCAGACGACAUUCAAGAAGCGGACAAGGAAGAAGCACAAAGACGGCGCAUUCGAAACCGACCAUUUUGGGAGUAUCUUGCCUCGUUCAAGGUAUUCGUGCCAUACAUGUACCCACGGUCUCCUAAGUUACGGCUUUACUUUGGCGGAAUGUGUAUCACCAGUGCUCUGACAAGGGUGGUGAAAAUUGCUCUCCCACUCAGCCAAGGCAUGAUCGUCAACGGUCUAAGACAAGGAAUACCUUACAAGGCAAUCGUACUGUAUGCGGUGCUUGGCUGGUUGUCAUAUGUCUUCCAGGCGAUUGAAGGCUGGUUUUCGGGUCGGGUGACCACCGAUCUGAUGUUAGCCUUACAGCGACAUUGCUACGAUCACAUCAUGGGCCUGUCGGCCGAUUUCCACGAUUCCAAGACAUCUUCGAUCACAUUGAAGACGACGGAUCGUGGUAAAGCAGUGAUCGACUUGCUUCAUGACAUUGUCUUUCAAUCCUUGCCGACAUUAAUUGACUUGGUUUCGGCCGUCGUGACCCUCACAUAUCUCUUUGGGUUUUACAUGGGCUUCAUGAUUGCAUUCACGGUGGUCCUUUUCACCUGGCUAGCCUUCAAAGCGCUCGCCGAAAAGAGACCUAUUCUUCGGUCAUGUGAGGAUGCGUAUGACGCGCAGUACAACCAAAUGUGCAAGUCCGUAUCGAAUUGGCAAAUGAUAUCCUAUUUCCGAGCCAUCCCGUAUGAAACUCAGAAGUAUGGAGAGAAGGUCGACAUAUCUCGAAAACAAAUGUUCCGUUGGUAUUCGUAUGAACGUCUGACUUGGGCCCUACGUCACCUGGUUCACUCCAUCAGCCUCGUUGCCGUAUGCAUUAUCGUUGCCUUACAAAUCGAACGUCAACAGCGCGGAAUUGCUGAUCUGGUGGCCUUCUUCACAUACUGGCCGCGGCUCACCCGUUCACUGGCCAUUUUGAUAAGCGAGUCGUCAACAGUAGCUGGAAAGCUAGCGAGCGCCGAGAAUCUGGUGGCGCUUUUGGAAGAAAAGCCACGCAUUGAAGACUCGGAGGGUGCUGAAGACUUCAAGUUCAAAGGAGGUGCGGUCGAUUUCAAAGAGGUUUGUUUCUCUUAUGAUGGCACACGACAAGUGGUAAAAAGUCUCACCUUCCACGUGGAGCCUGGUCAGACCGUAGCGUUCGUCGGAGAAACGGGAAGCGGCAAGAGUACCCUUUUGAAACUCCUUUUCCGAUUCUAUGAUGUUCAAAGCGGGAGCAUCUUGAUUGAUGGCCAAGACAUCAGAGCAGUACGGAUGGACACUUUCCGGGAGGAAAUUGCGGUGGUUCCCCAGAAUCCUCCCGUGUUCACCGGGUCAGUGCUGGGGAAUGUCAAAUACCCCGGAAUGGACCGUACGGAUGAAGAAGUUAUGGACGCUUGCGACAGAGCAGCGCUACACGACAAAAUCAUGUCACUUACUCAUGGUUAUUCACAAAAGGUGGGCGAGGGCGGCGCUACGCUCUCGAAUGGCGAGGUUCAGCGACUUGCGAUUGCCCGAGUGUUCCUCCGAGACCCCGGCAUUGUGUUUCUCGAUGAAGCCACGAGUAGCGUCGACAACAUCACCGAGGAGAAGAUUAAACACAGUAUGCGCAAAUUUUGUCAAGGUCGGACCACGUUUAUAAUUGCGCAUCGUCUGUCUACAGUCCUAGAUGCCGAUCUUAUCCUCGUCAUUCAAGGUGGCCAGAUUCUCGAGUCUGGCAAACAUGGAGACUUGUUGAAACUAGAUGGGCUUUACAAGAAGCUCUGGGAUAGCCAAGUGGGCAUCCAGUCGACUCCGCAAAGGCAGGAAGAGGAUACCAUCGAAGAAAACGCCGAUGCCUAA